AUGCCGAUGAACUGCCGUAUCCCAUCACGGUUGCGAUGCGAUCAGGCAUGCAUGGGGCGACUCGACAGCUGGCUUCUGGCCCCGUCAACUUCCACCGCAAAGAAGUGCAGGACGAUUGUGACGGGAGGACGGAAGCCAGCCUGCGCUCAUCUCUACCAGGAUGGCUCUGUGGCCAUUGAGGGGCCUUCGCACUUGAUUAUCGAUUUCUGCCGUGUGCAGAACCGACUGUUCGAUGUGCGGCAGAUUGCGGCGACGUCCUCGGCAUUCGCAGCUUUGCGAGGGGACGGAGCCGUAGAGACCUGGGGAAACCCCAAUCAAGGAGGUGACAGCACGGCGGUGCAAAGCCAGCUUCAGGAAGUGAAGAGCCUGGCUGCGACCGACGUAGCUUUCGCUGCACUUCGGCACGAUGGGACCGUCGUGACGUGGGGUGACCCCUAUGACGGGGGCGACUCUCGAAUGGUUCGCAAUGAGUUGAAGGAGGUCGAGCAGAUCGCCGCCUGCUCGUGUGCCUUCGCGGCGCUCCUGGGCAGUGGUCGGAUAGUGACAUGGGGAGAUCACUUCGAUGAUGAAGGGCCCAUUCGAGAGCUGCGCCACGUGAGGGAGAUCAGGGGACUGCAGGCUCACGCAGCUUUUGCGGCGCUGCUGCGCGACGGCACGGUGGUGACCUGGCAGGAGCCGGAGCUGAGACCCUCGGCUGCCACGCAGCGGCUGCUGCGCGGCGUGGUCAAGCUGGAGUCAUCUGGGCACGGCUUCGUGGCAUUGAGGAGCGAUGGCGUGAAAGUUUCCUGGGGUGACAACUUGGAAGAUGUACACAGACCUGAUAGAAGGAGAGCUGUCGGAGAUCGGGUGAAGAUAUCCUCUGAGCGGAAUCGCCUGAAAUUGCAACAUGGACCCUAA